GCCCGCCAGGCGGGUGGGCGUGGCUAUUAUCACAGGAAAGGGCGCGGCUACCUCUGAGGGUGGGAUAGGGUGCCCGGCUGAUUCUUUGCACGUGCGCGCUGUGGAGAAGAAAAUGAGCAGCUAGUAACGAUGGACAUUCAACGAUCUCUGGAGCUCUUGCACAUGACCAUAUACACUCAGAGCAUCUCACCUUGUGGCAAAUACUUAGCAGCCGGAAACAACUAUGGAGAAAUUGCCAUAUUCAGCCUUUCAGCAGCAUUGAGUUCGGAAGCCAAGGAGGAGAGCAAGAAGCCGGUGGUGUCCUUUACAGCCCACAAUGGAGCUAUCUACGCCAUGGUUUCCACCGAUCGGCAGCUGUUAAGUGCCGGCAAUGGAGAGGUCAAGGCCUGGAAUUGGAGUGAGAUUGUGAAGAAAAGUUGCAAAGAAGCUUGGAGUAGGAGGCCACCUUAUGGAAGCAGACUUGAAGUGCCAGAAAUCAACAGCCUGCAGCUGAAUCUGAAGGAUAAUAGUCUUCUGAUGGCUGGUGGUGACUGUGUCAUUCACAUGAUGGAUCUGGAGACUGGAACCUUCACUCGUGAAUUUCAGGGCCACACGGAUUAUAUCCACUGUUUGGCCCUUCGGGAGCAGCUCCGAGAAUGCCUGUCCGGAAGUGAAGAUGGCACCGUGCGCCUUUGGGAUUUACGUACAGGGGGUCAAGUCCAAUCCAUAGAAGUCCACAAAUAUGAGGAAUGCAGCCGCCCUCAGAACGGGAAGUGGAUCAGUUGUUUGGCAACGGACUCUGACUGGAUGGUGUGUGGUGGGGGCCCUGCACUCACUCUUUGGCACCUGCGGUCAGUGACACCCACCACGGUAUUUUCCUUGCCUCAGUGCCAGCAGCAAGCUAUGUUCUACCAAGAUCUGAUUCUCUCUGCUGGCCACGGCCCAACCAUUAAUCAUUUACAGAUCAGUGGGGAAGUGAAGGCCCAAAUCCCUUGCAUCCCGCGUUGCAUUCACUCCAUUUCCAUCAACGAACACUCUCCAGAGCAUAAGGUGUUGACAGCAGCUGGAAGCAGCCACUGCAUUGACGUCUUCACCAACUUUGGAUACCGAGCCUUUUCUCUAACCUUUACCUAACGUGCACACGGUGCCCCUUUGUAAAUAAUCUUGGUUUUGUUUCAUUUCAAAUCCGGUGUCCUCUGGGGAACGUCUCCAUUCUGUGGGCAUCUCUGAUUGAUGAGGAACAGGUGGUUGCCUCUAAAUGCUGUUGCCUGCGAGGGGACCACUCCCGCACAAGGCUGUGAAGCAAACUCCAAAGCAGGCACCUUAAGCAGAAUUACUUAAUAUGAAAAUGCAUGAAAGGAAUUGGAAAUUGCCUGUAAUUUCUGAAAGUGGAUGUCCUAAUUCUAUUGAUCUGCAUGUUUCACCACAGGACUGGACUGUUGAAUUUAUUCAUGAGUGCAUGGAAACUAUCGCCCCCCCGCCCCCCCUUUUUAAUACUUAAAAAUCAACAUAUUUUCA